ACCUCCAAUCCAAUCCAAUCGAUCCGGCAAGACAAACAAUGGCCAAGGUGCACGUGCACCCCAACGCCGCCGACCCAGAGCGUCGGCCGCCCCAGGAUGAUCAGGAGGAGCCGGAGCCGCCCACGGUUCUCACCGUGUGGCGCAAGUCCCUCCUCUUCAACUGCCACGGCUUCACCGUCUUCGACGCCAGGGGCGACCUCGCCUUCCGCGUCGACUGCUACGCCUCCGCCCGCCGCCGCGCCGAGGUCGUGCUCGUGGACGUCGCGGGCAAGCCGCUCCUCACCGUCCGCCGCAAGAGGCUCAGCCUAACAGACCACUGGGUCAUCUACGACGGCGACGGCACAGCCAGGCCGCUCCUCUCCGUCCGCCGCCACGUCAGCCUCCGAUCGUCCAGCAAGACGCUGGCGCACGUCACGCUCCUGGGCUCUGCUGCUGCCUCCGCCGCGGAGUACGUGGUGGAGGGCUCGUACGGGCGGCGGGCCUGCGCCGUGCGCGACGCGCGCGGGGACGCGGUGGUGGAGGUGCGCCGGAAGGAUUCGGUGGGCGACGACGUGUUCCGGCUGGUGGCGGACCCGAGCCUGGGCUCGCCGCUCGCCAUGGGGCUCGUCAUCGCGCUGGACGAGAUGUUCGGUGCCGGCCGUGGCUCGGCGCGGUCCCUGCUGCGAAGGACAUGGUCGGUGUAGCAGCCACGCCGCUGCCAUUCUGCCAAAGGACAACCACAUGUACAGUACAGAUCUCUCUAGGCUCUACGGAGUACCAGUAGUACACACCACAGAGAUCCCGGAGGCUCACUCAGUCAGGCCCCAGCCACAGCUGUGAGCGGCAGCCGAGUUUUAGCAAGCAGGCUCUGCGAUCUGCCUGCCGUGGCUCACCAAUAAUACAGUAUCUGAUGAUCAUCCAACCAAUGAGUUAUCAGCCCCAGGCGCAGCAGCUGCCUAAAUUUGUCUGUUGUACAAACACACCAUCUCCUUAAAAAAUUCUUAUUUUUUUUGGUUA